AUGCAUGUGAAAACUUCUCCUUAUCGCUUCAGGUACUCAGGGUUAGGAACGCAAUUGUCCGGAGAGGUGACCGGAGAUUCCACAUUUGAGCUCUAUUGGCAAAGCACACGUCAGAAAUCCUUCUUACAGAGGAAUAUCUCGCUUGCAUUAAAGCAGCACGCGGCGUGGGGCGAGGAGAAACCGGCGGCUCUGAAACCGAGUCCCAACGUGUCUGCAAAUACGCAAAACAUCGACAAGGCCACAGGUGGCGCGAUCUCGAGCGCGACCGAGCCAGACUGGGAGGUGAAGGGUGUUGUAGUGGACGGAGCGGAAACUGCGGAAACCCCUUUCAUCACCUCGAGUCAAUCCGAACUAAUAACGUUCAAUAUGUCGUCGAGAAGUCACCCAUCAGGCAAAAACGCAGCGAAGGGCGAGCGCACUAUGCGCCGAAGCGUUAGAGGCAUUCUAGACAAAGCCCACGACUACCCUGGUGCCAACCUGACGCUCAAUCUAAAUAGCAUCAGAAGGAAACUGAACUACAGAACCAAUGCUCUCACCGACACCGAGAGGCUUGCCAAACGUCAGAAACGCAGCUACGUUGAAUGCCUGUGUCAUCUGACAAUAUGGGACAACCGCGAUGGGUCCACGACACUACCACUUGUCACCAAAUCAUCACGUUGUCGUGUAAGCCGCACAGAAGAUGGCGCGCAAGGGUACUAUGUCUCUCUGGAACUAGAGGAUCCUUUCCUUGUCAGAAGGACAGAUCUCGAGGUUUCCAUCCUUGACGAAAAUGGAAGAUCGGUUCCCGGAAUUACCCACAGUUAUUUCCUUGAACUCAAGAUCAUACCCUGCACCGCUGACUGCGUGUGGCCUCCUAUACCAAUUAUGGGGAGGAGCGAUGGGAAUCACUACACCCCGGAGAUGAGGAAGAUGGGCCUUGAAGAAGUGCAAGGGGCCCUUGUCGCAAGAUAUACCCAUCUUCCCCGAGCCCUUGACCCAAACGUCGCGCUCAGCGUGUUUUACGUGCAUGAAGGUCGUACCUACGCGACCAAAUACGGUCUCCAGGUGACAUCAUAUUGGGAGCUACCUGAUGUCGACUCCCAACCUACCAGCAAGCGGGGCAAAGGCUUGGAUCUUGACUCGUUUCACGUGCCUCCAAAACAGAAGAAGAUCUAUUUGCCUGCUAGGAGGAAAAAAGAACAGCACACUCUUCCCCAGGAGCCACCGGACGGUCUGGAAGUGCGCUAUGACUUAUCUGGGACGAUUUCAGGGCACGCAAAUGCCACUCAAGAGUUCCGCAAUACCGUGGUUCGGGGGUACGGCUGCCCAAUAUGCGCAGCGUGGGAGACGCACAGAUUGCAGGAACUCCUGUCCCAUUUCAAGUCCAUCCAUGCGGAAUAUGUCUUCUCACCAUCAGCGCAGCGCCGAGACCAGAAAACAAAGAAGUUGACUCAAGUCGAAAUAAAAGUCGAUACCGUCGCGAGUGUCGGGAAAAAGGAGGACGAUGAGGCCUUUUCAUUAGACGGCGAUCACAGCUUGACAGGCGAAGAACCCCCUCUACAACCUCUUUUUGGCGGUAACAAGCCUUUCGAGCUUUUUGCGCCAGCCAAAUCGGCUCCACGCUAUCCGUUGGCGUCGCAAGUCCCUGACUUCCGAAUCCCUAAUCGCAAAAAGGCCAAAGCUGUGCCCCUUCAGACAAUGUACGAUGAACCCGAAAAUGUCUGGACCUCCAUUACACAUCGACAAGUCUCUCCCAGUGAAGACCCAGGGAGUGAUUCAGACGACGAAGUGGAUAACAGCUGGCAAAUCACAGCGCAUAUGGAAAGGCUUGAUGCUUUGGCCGACGAACAGGGUUGGAGCAAGCACAAGCGCGAGCUCACCAAACGCUGGGACCGACACCGUAUGGAAGAAUAUCUUGAGCAUUCUCGAUAUGUUUCGAAUUCUCUUAUUAGAUUUGUCAGAAAGGAGAGAACAUGGUUAAAGAACGGGGACUAUGAGCUGUGGCAAGUCUUCUUUGACUUUUUGGGCAGGUUAAAAGAAAAGCAUGUUAUUGAUGAUAAUGUGGUUGCGGACGUUAAUGAGCUAAUUUUCCAAGAUCCGCCACACGAGACAUCGGCGGAAGCAAUGGAGAUAUGCGAAGUGGUCCCUGAUUGUGCGCCCAGCACGACACCUGUAUCUGAGCAGCAUGAAUCGGUUGGGACGAGUACCCCGGUCCACGCUACCUCAAAGAAGGGUACCGCCAGAAACGCAGAGCACGACACCCAGAGCACUGGCACAGGCCAUCCACAGUCGGAAACUCCAAUGCACGCGGACAGUCCACCACUGGCGCAAGCAGAGCUAGACGAAGAAAAUAAAGCACCUCAACCCCAAAUUUCAAGGGAAUUUAGGUGCGGUGCUUGCCUACUGCCGAUUGAGCGUUUGCACAGGGACACGACUUACUGCGUCCUUAAAGACUGCGAGUGGCCCGGGGUCAAAUAUCAUAAGAAAUGUGCCUUAGCCAUGAUUUUGGCUUACAUCAGAGAGAACUUACCCUUGCGUGCAUACUUUGACGGUCCUCUUCCAGAUGUGACCCCAGACACGGAUCAGGCGCUAAAGUACUGGCAAUGCAGGGACUGCGUUUUGAAGCGUUGGCUGAUGCCUUGGGAAGAAUGGGAAGGGCCAUGGGCAGAAGAAUCGGAAGAAGACUCCGAAGAAGAAUGGGAAGUCGGCUCGGAAGAGGAGUUGGAGGUAGGAUCGGUUGAAGAACUUCGAGAGGAAUCGGAAGAGGAAUCGGACGAAGAGUGGCAACAAGGAUCGGAAGAAGAAUCGGAAGAAGAACUGGAAUAUCUGAGGGAAGGAGAACUAGAAGAACUGGCAGAAGAGCUGGCGGAAGAACUGGAAGAACUGGCAAAAGAAACGCAAGAAGCACUGGAACGAGAAAUGGCGGACAAAUUGCAAGAGAAAUUGGAACAGGAGCUGGAAGAAGAACUACCUGCCAAGAAGAGAAAGAAGAGAGAAGAGACGCUGCUCGUGAAAAUAGCAGCCAUAGGGGCUUGGAGGCAGAGGCAGAGGCAGAUGGAAGCAGAGAGAGCCGAGGCAGAUCGAAAAGGCAAUGCGGAAGUGAGCGACCCCGGGCCCUCUAGUCCAAAGGGCAAGGAGGUUGUGAGGGACCCCGUGGUCCCCAGCAGAAAGGGCAAGGAGGUUGUGAGGGACCCUGUGCUCCCCAGCAGAAAGGGCAAGGAGGUUGUGAGAGACCCUGUGAUCCCCAGCAGAAAGGGCAAGGAGGUCGUAAGAGAUCCCGUGGUCCCCAGCGAAAAGGGCAAGGCGGUAUCGCGGGACCUCGAGCCCUCAAGAGAAAGCAGAGCGGCAACCCCAAUCGAGAAUCAGCCAGACGCUCCAGCCGGAGCUUGGUCAGAAACUCCAAUUGGCAACACGCCUGGCCCUUCAUCAGUGAACGGGACGGGGAUUACCGGCAGGGGUCGAACGAGCACUCCAAUCAGGGACAUGUCUCGUCCUCCGAUCAGGGACAGGUCUGCCACUCCUAACAGGGGGAGGUCUCCCACCCCAUCGAGGAACAGGUCAGGAAGUCCGAGCAGGCAGCAGAGGAUGGGCACUCCUGUCGCGGUGGACAGAAUGAAUCUUCCUAUGAGGAUGAAGAAGAGGACGGGAAGCCCUAUGAGGGCUGGGAGCCCAAGGCCGAAAGGGACCUCGAAAGAUCCAGUGAUGGCGCUCAGGGGCAGGGCCAGUGCGCAGGAGAGGGCAAAGGUCGCGGCAAAAGUCAUGACCAUGAACGAGACAAGCGGUCUAUCGAGACUACGCUUUGUUGAGUCGGCGGAAUGA